AUACAAAGGUGAAAUUAUGACAGAAAGUACAAUUCUAAAAUAAAAGGUCAAAAUUAUGACAAAAAGUCAUAAUUAUGAUAUAAGAAUGUGAAAUGAUGACAUUAAAAGUCACAAUUAUGAGAUAAAAAGUAACGACAUACAAAAUUACCACAUAAAAUUCGACUUUUCAUGUCAUAAUGGCCUUUUAGAUUUUUUACGUCAUAAUUAUGAUUUAAAAGCAUGGAUUCUAAGGUGUGGCGAAAAUGUACUUUCAUACUAAUCUGUAUUUGAACACGUUUAUGUAUCAUCUUAUGUAUUUACCCGAAGACUUGACUGUUUGGACAGAGGAUAUUAUUAGGUUUAGCUCUUCCACUGUAUUAAUUUAAUCCUCGUUCAUCUCUACUCGUCGAUGUCUGUUAGAUUCAUUAGACGAGUGGGACUUUUAUUUUGUAAGUUUCUGUCACGUUGUGUUUACUACCUGUACUGCUUCCGACUUCACGCUACCCAAACAAACUUCAGCAUGUUUGCACGUCAAAUGUAUCUGCACUGACGAAACCACUGUCCUGCCAUGUCGAGCGGCUAUAAACCAGAUAUCCUGUGGUCUCCCCAUCACGCAGACCGAUAUGUGAUCUGCGACACUGAACUCAGUCUGUAUCGGAUCGGACCUGCAGGAAGCUCAGAAACCAAAGCCGGCGCCCUUCCGCUAUCCGAGGAGACGGCAGCCACGCUGCUGGCCAUCAACUCCGACACCCCGUAUAUGAAAUGCGUGGCCUGGUAUCCCAAACAUGAGCCGGAGUGUUUGCUGGCUGUGGGACAGGCCAACGGCCGAGUCGUCCUGACCACUCUGGGACAGAGCCACAACUCGAAAUGCAAGGAGCUGGUGGGUAAAGAGUUUGUACCUAAACAUGCUCGACAAUGCAAUACACUUGCAUGGAACCCGGUGGACAGUAACUGGCUUGCGGCUGGUUUGGAUAAACAUCGGGCUGAUUUUUCCGUUCUCAUAUGGGAUAUAAGUAGUAAGUUUUCUCCCGAAGCCGUCCCAGCUGAGAAGGUUCGACUAUCUGGAGAUGUGGAUUCCGGAUUGGUGGUGACCAAACCGCUCUACGAGCUCGGACAAAACGAUGCAUGUCUUUCUCUUUGCUGGCUCCCUCGUGAUCAUCAAAAGUUGCUACUGGCCGGCAUGCACCGAAAUUUAGCCAUCUUUGACCUGCGAAACACCAGCCAGAAGACGUUUGUGAACACCAAAGCAAUCCAGGGCGUCACAGUGGACCCUCACUUUCAAGAUCGUGUUGCUUCCUUCUUCGAAGGCCAGGUGGCUAUCUGGGACUUGCGCAAAUUCGAAAAACCAGUCUUUACUUUAACCGAGCAGCCUAAACCUUUAACUAAAGUGGCAUGGUGUCCCACUCGCAUGGGCCUACUGGCCACGCUCACGCGGGACAGCAACAUCAUCCGGCUGUACGACAUGCAGCACACGCCCAUGCCGUUCGGCGACGAGGUUGAGCCCACCAUCAUCGAGCGCAGCGUUCAGCCCUGCAGCGAGAGCAUCAUCAGCAGCUUUGCCUGGCAUCCGUCCGCCCAGAACCGCAUGGUGGUGGUGUCGCCCAACCGGGUCAUGAACGACUUCACGGUCUUCGAGCGCAUAUCGUUGGCUUGGAGCUCCACCACGUCGCUGAUGUGGGCGUGCGGGCGGCACCUGUACGAAUGCGCGGAGGAUGCCGGUCAGGGGGCGGCUGCUGCUGAAAAGGACAUCGCCACUAAGAUGAGGGAGCGAGCGCAGUCGCGGUAUGGCCACGACACCGUCCAGGUGUGGCGGAACCACGUGCUGGCCGGAGGAGACGACCCGCAGCUGAGGUCGCUCUGGUACACACUCCAUUUUAUGAAACAGUACACUGAAAAUGUGGAACAGAAGCAACAGAGCAAUAAACAGUCACUCAUCUACUCAGGCAUCAAAAACAUCGUCAAGUCCAGCUCUGGCACAACAGAGACACGGCGCUGCUGGUCGGGUUCAGACAGGCAGACUGAUGUACCGCGGUACCACAGCGAGGAGCGCAGUCUGGCCCUGCAGCUCUGUGGCUGGAUCAGUCGAGGGCCCGAUAUUGAUGUGGAGCCCUUCCUGAAGUCUCUGGAGCAGGAGGGCGAGUGGGAGAGAGCGGCUGCUGUCGCCCUCUUUAACCUGGACAUCCGACGGGCCAUUCAGAUUCUUAACAAAGGGGCUUCAGCAGAGAAAGGUGAUCUGAACCUGAACGUGGUGGCCAUGGCUCUGUCGGGCUACACUGAUGAAAAAAACUCCCUGUGGAGAGAGAUGUGCAGCUCUCUCAGACUCCAGCUGAAGAAACCGUACCUGUGUAUCAUGUUUGCCUUCCUCACCAGUGAACCUGGUGCCUAUGAUGCUGUCUUGUAUGAGAGUCGUGUGGCUGUCAGGGACAGGGUGGCCUUUGCAUGUAUGUUUCUAAAUGACGCUCAGUUGCCUCGUUAUAUAGACAAGCUGACCAAUGAGAUGAAGGAGGCUGGUAAUCUCGAGGGCAUCCUGCUGACAGGACUGACGAAAGAUGGAGUAGAUCUUAUGGAGAGUUAUGUAGACCGAACCGGAGACGUGCAGACGGCCAGUUUCUGCAUGCUUAAAGGCUCCCCAGGAGAGGUGCUGAAGGACCCUCGGGUGCAGUGCUGGAUCGAGAACUAUCGCAACCUUUUGGACGCCUGGAGGUUUUGGCAUAAACGGGCUGAAUUUGACAUUCAUAGGAGCAAAUUGGAUCCCAGCUCAAAACCACUUGCACAGGUGUUUGUGAGCUGUAACUUCUGUGGAAAGUCUAUAUCAUACAGCUGCUCAGCGAUGCCACAUCAGGGCCGUGGAUUCAGUCAGUACGGGGUCAGUGGCUCACCCACCAAGUCAAAGGUCACCAGUUGCCCUGGCUGUCGUAAACCACUUCCACGCUGUGCCCUCUGCUUAAUGAACAUGGGCACCCCUGUGUCCAGCUGCCCAGGCACAGGAAAAGCAGAUGAGAAAGCCGAUCUCACACGAGACAAGAAACUCGCACAGUUCAAUAACUGGUUCACCUGGUGCCACAACUGCCGACACGGUGGUCACGCGGGUCACAUGCUCAGCUGGUUUAGAGACCACAGUGAGUGUCCCGUGUCGGCCUGCACUUGUAAAUGCAUGCAGCUGGACACCACAGGCAACCUGGUGCCUUCUGAUAGUGUAUAAAGGCCUUUCUGCCUUUGUUUCCCAACUUAAAUCUCAUACAUUACUACAAACCAGCUACCAACAUUAGUACUGUAAGUGAUGACGGCAGCGUUCUCACAGUUUCAGAAGUUAAAGACGAGCAUAUGUGUCUUUUCUGAAGCAAUCUGCACACCUCACUGGUAUUAAAGUUGACGACAGGUGCUCUAUUGUCACAGGAACUAAAGCGGUUAGAUUGUUAGGAUUGUGUUACCCAUGAUUAACUCACCCACCCACGGACAAAUGUGUUUCCUGAGACGUUCGACCUUCUCAAGAAUGUCUGACCUAUGCAUUUGUUGUUUCUAUGAAUAAAAGUAUUUCAGUCUCAACUUUAGAAACAGGGAAAGAGAGAUUACAAUAAUUUCAACCUAAGGAAUGUUUUGUUUAUAUCCUAGAAAGUGCUUUCACACAGUCCAUAUUACUACUUCCACUACUUGUCUUUGAGUUUAGCAGUUCAUAUUGUUUUAUUAUUCUGUAUUUAUUGCAUAUUACUCCACAAUGAACCUCAGUCAGCUGUUUAAUACAGGUCAAAUCAACUAUUCAGUUUGUUUUAAAAAUUGCUUUUAACAAAUAACAGUGAUUUGUGCAGAUUUUUGUUGUUUAAUAUUGGUAGGUUUAACAUUAGUUGCAGUUUUGGAUCCAAAGGUAAUGCUGUUUUGUAGUGCUUACCAUAAUUUAUUGCACAAUCAAUGCAACAACUUAACAUCCUAACUAUUUAAAUGAUUGUGUCUUUAUAUUUUGAAAAGCAAAAAAAUUCCAUUGAGGACUAAUGUUAUUAAAACACUUUUUGAAGGAAUUUUGAAUGCAUUGUUUUCUUUAUACAACCCAAAUAAUGAGACAUAUUGUUUGCUUCAAUGAGAGUAAUACAGAUUUUCAGUUUGAUGAACCAUGACAAAGACAUGCAAGAGCAGAAAUUAAGAGAGAAACUGUUCAGUUCAAGUUUCAACUCUUUACUUACUACAAAAUAGUGCAUGUU